UGUUCCCGUUCUCUCUCCCAUGUUCUCCUCAAGCUCAUUCUUCUCUUCGUUUCCUUCCUCUCUACUUCACCGGAAAAAGUUUUGAUUCCGAUCUCAUUCUUCGGUUUCGAUCAAUUUCUUCGUCAACCAUGUUCGUCACGAAGAUUUUCUCAGGCGCCUGCCGGAACAUUUGCCGGAGCUCGCUGCUCUCUUCGGCCUCGCAAUCUGACAAAACGACGCACUUGCCAAUCCUCGCCAAUCACUUACACUAUCGUGUUAACCAACCUAUCGACAAGGAAUCUGCGUUGCAUCAUUCAUUUUUCCUUCAAAAGUUCAGAUUAUCAACAUCUGCAUCCCCUGAGACUUCUGAUAAGGAAAAUGGUAAUACUGUACCAAGUAAUGGCGGCUCUACACCUGCUUCUGAGCCUACGGCUGAAACUACUGGUCAACCCAAAGAAUCAGAUUCUGAGAGUGAUGACAAUCUUUCCAUGGAUGAUCUGGUGAAACUUGUGACUGAGAAGGAAGAACUUUUGAAGUUAAAGCACAAAGAGAUUGAACAAAUGCAAGAUAAAGUUGUUCGCACAUAUGCAGAGAUGGAAAAUGUGAUGGCCAGGACAAGGCGUGAAGCUGAGAAUUCAAAGAAAUUUGCCAUACAGAAUUUUGCAAAGAGUUUACUGGACGUUGCAGACAAUCUAGGACGUGCUUCAUCUGUCGUCAAGGAAAGUUUUUCAAAGAUUGAUUCAACUGACGACUCUAGCGGGGCUGUGCCCCUGUUGAAGACCCUUCUUGAAGGUGUUGAAAUGACUGAGAAACAGUUGUCUGAGGUGUUAAAAAAGUUUGGGGUGGAAAAGUUUGAUCCUACAAAUGAACCAUUUGAUCCACAUAUGCACAAUGCUGUGUUUCAAGUACCAGAUGGUUCUAAACCUCCUGGUACUGUUGCUGCUGUAUUGAAGAAAGGAUACAUGCUUUAUGAUCGGGUUCUUCGACCUGCUGAAGUUGGUGUUACUCGAGCUGUGGAGAAUGAGGAUGAUAAUGUCAGCUGAGAAAGGGGUCUCAAGGUUGAAGGAUAUGCAUAUUAUCUGACGCAAGUUUCCCCUCAAAAAAAAGUUUUGCUAUACGGUAUGUUCUUUAGUAGAGAAGUUAAUCUUAACUUACUGUUAGAUGCACAGUAAAAGGGAAAACAAUUUAAUGGUUGGAUAAACAUUUGAUUUUGUUAUGUAUUUAUUUAGAGAGAGAUGUGAGAGAAGAGGGUAUUUCCAUUGUUUCCUGUCAGCUCAAAAUUCAGAAUAUGUGUAUUUUGAUUCCAUAAAGCCUUCCAUGUGUAAACAUUUUCUUGAGGCAUUUUUCUUCCCUUGGAAAGUUGCCAAAGGGCUUCUUUACAAGAAUGAACCCCACAAUCUGAUGUCUACAUUUUGACAGCAGCACCAAUCGAUAAAGCAUACCAAAUAAAUAAUUUUGUA